CUCACCAUUCCGUUCCCUUCUACAAGUACCUCGUUAUCAGUACCUCAAUUCCUCUUCCCUCAUAAAACAGUUCUCUCUUCUCCUACCUCGACAACUCUUCUACUCUCGGCCACGCCCAUCUAUAACAACAAUCAUCCAAAAUGCUUCAGAACACACUUGUCCCUGCCAUCUGGCUCUUUCUAGCCGCAAUUGCCUCGGCCGCUCCCAUCUCAGACGAGCCGAUUACAACUGCUGGUAACAAUAUCGGUUAUGGUACUGGCGGAGGCAUUGCAGGGCUCAUUAUCCUGAUCCUGGAUAUCAUCGUUAUCAUCGAAGUAUUGCAAUCCAACCGGCCAGUCUCUCACAAGGUCCUCUGGAUCCUUGUCACCCUCCUUUUCCCUCUUGUCGGCAUGAUCCUCUACUUCCUCUUCUCCAACCGCGCAGCUCAUAAGACUGGUGGUUCUUAUGAGCCCAUACCUUGAACAUUGCUACGUGGCAGCCAAUCUCAACCCCGCUACAUUCGAACUGAAGAUCAAACAUUGACAUUGACGAGUUACUCUGAAAAUACGUGCGGGGAGGGAUUUUCAUAUGCAUGCAAACGAGCGAAGCUGCUACAGGGAUUGUGGAAUAUGAGAAAUCUGGACGAGUGGGCGGUGACCCUGAUGACGCUGUUAUCUAAAGCGUGGGGAGUUUCAGCCUAUGCUUUAAGAAUUGACGACUGGUUAGAUGGGUAUAGUUCAUGCUGGUCCUUACUUUGUUGCUGUUUACAUCUGAAUAUACUACUUAUUCAUCUGUCAUAUCGCCAAAAUACGAAGAUAUGCUCCUGCAUAAGUACUGACAAUACCUUCUUUCGACUGUUCUCGCCGAAGAAGGUAGAGUAGAAGUUCUUCCACGAAUGUCGUAC